AUUUCCAUCUUCAGAAUGGAUAACUGGAGAGCCCUUUCCUCAAUUUAGAGGACAGUCAUUAGGAUCAGAACAUGGAACAGCUCAUGCUUAAGAAUGACAGCAUUUGCUUCAGUCAUGGCAUUUCAAAUUUCCAGCAGGAAAAAGGACAGCACAGCAUUUUUCCAGCAUUCAUGGUUCUUGUUAUCUGAGAGCAGGAUGUGCUAGAAUCACCAUUCCUGAAGGGAUUUAAAAGCAGUAUAGAUAUAGCACUUGGGGACAUGGUUUAGUGGAGGACUUGGCAUUGCUGGGGGGAUGAUUGGAUGCAAUGGUUUUACAGGGCUUUUCCAACUAACAAUUCCAUGAUCCUGUGAUUUCUCCCUGACAGAAUGGGAGCACACCAACUACAAUGCAGGAAAAUUGUGGUCAGAGUGAGUUCAGGGCAGAAGGUCAGUGUGGAGGGGCCAGAGACCUGAAUGGGGACAGAAGGGGGGGUGACUGCAAACUCUGCUUUCUGUCAUUUAUGACAUGACAUUUUGCUUUCUGCAGCAGUAAAUGCAUCCUGCUCACAUCAUCGAUGAGCCUUGGAGCUGUAGCACAUUCCCCUCCCUUCCUGACCUGUGCCAUGGGAGUUUGAGCUGCAGCAAUGACACAGGACAACUUCUCCCAGGUGACCGAAUUCAUCCUCCUGGGGCUCUCUGACACGCAGGAGCUGCAAUUCCUCUUCUUCACCCUCUUCCUCCUAGCCUAUGCCAUGGUCCUGCUGGGCAACCUCCUCAUCAUCGUGACAGUCAGGGCUGACCCCAAGCUCUCCUCGCCCAUGUACUUCCUCCUCUGCAAUCUGUCCUUCAUUGAUAUCUGCUACACCUCUGUCACUGCUCCCAGGGUGCUGGUGGCCCUGCUCUCAGGACACAAAGCCAUUGCCUUUGAGGGCUGCAUAGCCCAGCUGUUUUUCCUGCACUUUGUGGGUUCCUCGGAGAUGUUCCUCCUGACGGUGAUGGCGUUUGACCGCUACACGGCCAUCUGCAGGCCCCUGCACUACACGGCCAUCAUGGCCCGCAGGGCCUGCUGGGCCCUGGUUGCUGCCUGCUGGGUUGGGGGCUUUAUCCAUUCCAUUGUCCAGACUGUGCUCACACUCCAGCUGCCCUUCUGUGGCCCCAACACGAUCCACAGCUAUUUCUGUGACGUGCUACCCGUCGUCCGCCUGGCCUGCACUGACACCACCCUCACCGAGUGGCUCAUGGCCUCCAACAGCGGCCUCAUAUCCCUGGGCUGCUUCCUGGUGCUGGUGGCCUCCUACGUGCUCAUCCUGGCCAAGGUUCGGGCCUGCUUCUCCCAGGGGCACUGGAAGGCCCUGUCCACCUGCGCCUCACACGUCAUGGUCGUCACUCUGCUCUUCAUGCCCUGCAUCUUCACCUACCUGCGGCCUGCUGGGACCUUGCCCACCAACAAGUACAUCUGUGUCAUCUACACAACCUUCUCACCCAUGAUGAACCCCCUCAUCUACACCCUGAGGAGCAGUGAGGUGAAGGAAUCCAUGUGGAGACUGUGGAAGCGCUGCAGAGCCUCCUGAGACAAGCUCAGUUGGCAGAACCCUGGAGUUACACCCAGAGUUAACACCUGGAGUCACAUUCCUACUCAACUCCUACACAAUAAUGACUUAGUGGCUAAAGCCUGAAGACUUCAAAUUAUGUACAAAUACAUUUAUAUACCAAUAUAAUUAUUAAUAUUAAAAAUUCAUGCU